ACAUUAUUAGAAUUAUCGACAGCACAUGCUUCAAGAUAUCCAAAAAUAUCAACUAAUCUCUUCUACGAAUUUCGUUUUCAAAGCUCCCUAUUCGUCAAACAUAACUUUCUCUAUCAGAAACUAAAGAAUUUUGCGAGACAAAAUGGCGGCCAGUGAAAUGCCUAAGGUUCAAGCUAAAGACGUUCAAAGGAGAAUAAUGCAGCAGAACAUAAGCGACUUUCUGUCAUUCAGCACGACAGACUACCACACUAAUAAAAUUGACGUGGAAGGCUUUGCAAAAUAUCUGCACAAGACCAUGCUCGACCUGUAUCCGGAUUCCGUCAUGAACCCUAAAGAAAACCGAAACGAAUUAAGAGAAUACACAGAGGACAUAAAAAAGAUAUCGUUAGUUGAAGAAAGGAUGGCAAGAUAUCUAGGGAAAGAGAAAUUUAGUUGUUCAGAAGUCGUACAUAAAAAUGUACCAGACUAUGUAAAGUCUGAACAAACACGUUCGCAGAUUAACCAAAAGCCUACUUGGGCACAGAUAUCAAUGGAACGUAAAGAAUCAAGUGGAGAAAUGGACCUAGCGGAAUUUCGUUAUCGACUGGAGAAAAUGGAAAUCCUUCUUCGCCGAUUAAUUCCACCGGAUAAGAGAGAGAGAGCAAACUCCAAGAGCGACACAUCUUCACCAGCGCCGAUACGAAAAUUAUCAAUUCCCCAAAAAAGACCUUUCCCAAAAGAGAGAAAUACUAAGCAAGGCUACUCACUGGACAAUUAUUAUCCCCCUAAAAAAAUUGCCAGAACUUUAGCUUGCUUCGAAUUUCGCACUGACUAUUUAUAUAAUACUAAAAGGUCACCACAUUUGAAAAGGUCAGCUAAAUUUGAGAGUUCCAGUAAGGAGACUAGGUCGCAACCACGUUCUAGCCAGAAAUCUACCGUGAUGAAAGCUGAAGGAUUAGGUACAUUCGAGAACGUUAUAUCGAAAUCAGGGAAUUCAAAAGAGCCACAUACGAGCAUGAAAUCUACCCAGACGGAGGCUGAAGGACAAAGUAUAUUCCCGAACGUUAUAUCGAAAUCAGUGAAUCUGAAAAAGCCACCAACAAGCAAUAAAUCUACCCAGACGGAGGCUAAGACAUUGAGUACAUUCCAGAACUUUAACUGGAAUUUAGUGAAUCCGAAAAGUCCACUUACUAGUGUAAAAUGCACGCAGACGGAAACUGAAGGGCCAUAUGGAUCCAAAGACUCUGAUUCCAAACUGAUGAAUCCGAAAAAACCACAUGUAAGCAAGAAAUCUGCUUCGGAAAAGGUGGAAAAGCCAAGUCUGUUUGAGAAUGUUGAAUCCACUUUGAUGAAACCGAAAGACCAACGUGAAAGCAAGAAAUCUGCUUCAAAAAAGGCGGAAAAGCCAAGUCUGUUUGAGAAUGUUGAUUCCAAACUGAUGAAUCCGAAAAAACCACAUGUAAGCAAGAAAUCUGCUUCGGAAAAGGUGGAAAAGCCAAGUCUGUUUGAGAAUGUUGAAUCCACUUUGAUGAAACCGAAAGACCAACGUGAAAGAAAGAGAUCUGCUUCGAAAAAGGCGGAAAAGCCAAGUCUAUUUGAGAAUGUUGAUUCCAAACUGAUGAAUCCGAAAAAACCACAUGUAAGCAAGAAAUCUGCUUCGGAAAAGGUGGAAAAGCCAAGUCUGUUUGAGAAUGUUGAAUCCACUUUGAUGAAACCGAAAGACCAACGUGAAAGCAAGAAAUCUGCUCCAAAAAAGGCGGAAAAGCCAAGUCUGUUUGAGAAUGUUGAAUCCACUAUGAUGAAGCCAAAAGACCAACGUGAAAGCAAGAAGUCUGAUCCAAAAAAGGCGGAAAAGCCAAGUCUGUUUGAGAAUGUUGAUUCCAAACUGAUGAAUCCGAAAAAACCACAUGUAAGCAAGAAAUCUGCUUCGAAAAAGGCGGAAAAGCCAAGUCUGUUUGAGAAUGUUGAAUCCACUAUGAUGAAGCCAAAAGACCAACGUGAAAGCAAGAAAUUUACUCCGAAAAAAGUGGAAAAGCCAAGUCUGUUUGAGAAUGUUGAAUCCACUUUGAUGAAACCGAAAGACCAACAUGAAAGCAAGAAAUCUGAUCCAAAAAAGGCGGAAAAGCCAAGUCUGUUUGAGAAUGUUGAAUCCAGUUUGAUGAAACCGAAAGACCAACGUGAAAGCAAGAAAUCUGUUCAAAAAAAGGCGGAAAAGCCAAGCCUGUUCGAGAAUGUUGAUUCCAAACUGAUGAAUCCGAAAAAACCACAUGUAAGCAAGAAAUCUGCUUCGAAAAAGGCGGAAAAGCCAAGUCUGUUUGAGAAUGUUGAAUCCACUUUGAUGAAACCGAAAGACCAACGUGAAAGCAAGAAAUUUACUCCGAAAAAAGUGGAAAAGCCAAGUCUGUUUGAGAAUGUUGAAUUCACUUUGAUGAAACCGAAAGACCAACGUGAAAGCAAGAAAUCUGUUCAAAAAAAGGCGGAAAAGCCAAGCCUGUUCGAGAAUGGUAAAUCGGAAGCGCUGUAUACGAAAAAGUCACGUAUGACAAAGAAGUCUACUCACAGAGCAGGUGACGAAAUAAGUGUGAGUAAUGAACUGGAUAAAAAGACUGCAUUGGAAAAACCUUUUCCUAAAACGCCAUGCACUAGUAAGAAAUCUUUUGAGACGAAAAAAAGAAAGUUAAAUAUUGAACAAGGACAUAAAAAAUCCAAGUGGCCAAAAACGGAUUUAGAAACGUCAAAGAAAGUCGACAAGUAUACUUUAGCAAAAGAAGCUGAGAAAUUGUUACCUGUGCUGAAAUUAGACCCGAAUACACCUGUGAUUAAAAAGAUGUCUUUUUGGAAAAUUAAUAAGACAGGUUCAAUAUUUGGAUCACAAUCAUACGAUCUGAAGACGACAGGAAUUAGCAAUACAAGCCUUAUGUCUUCAUUUGAAUCACCGAAUUCUAAGGAAGAUCCCUUAACACCGCCGAAUCCAACAACUCCUUUCAUUUUCGUGCCUCCUCCAGUUCCUGACGAUUCAGCAGAAAAAAGGGUUAGAGAAGACUGGAGAAACGAAUGA